AUGGGGCGUCUGUCGCGAGCCGCAGGCGCUUUGUGUCUCUUCGUCCUCUCGUCCGCGAACAGUCCUCAGGCCUCCCCUGCGCGAUCUGCCGCCUCCGUCUCUUCGCUGCUGCUGCCGUUCUUCUCCGCGUCGCUUCUACGCGAUGUGUCGAGCUCAGCGGUCACGGGUGCGGCGGCGGCUCGCCGUGAGGCGGGCGUGGUGAACGUGGAGGAGGCGGACGCGCAGGACGAAGACGCGCGCGGGGAGAAGGCACAGAAGUCCUACACUUUGCAGCAGCGCAAACAGACAGAGGAGAGCAAGUCGCAGGUGCUGGACAACGGGGCGAUUUCGCUCUCGGGCUUGAAGGCCUACAAGGCGUUUCUCGAAAGUCACCCGUUCGUUUUCGUCAUGUACUACGCGCCGUGGUGCUACUGGUCCAAGGCGACGAUGCCGGAGUUCCACGCAGCGGCCAAGAUUCUCGCACACCACGACCCGCCUGUCAUUCUGGCACUAGUCGACUCCGUGGAGGAGGAGGACAUUGCGAACUUCGAAGACAUCCGCGAGUUCCCGACGCUCAGGUUCUUCAUCGACGGCCGCGCGCAGGCGUACCACGGCCGCCGACACCGGACGCACCUGGUCCACUGGGUCGACACGCGUCUGGACCGCGACAAGUCGCUCACGUCCGCAGAUCACCUCGACGAGCUCGUGAUGAACCGCGAGUACGGGCAUUUGGUGAUCAUUGGCGCGUUUCCCGACAGCGGCUACGACGCGACGGCCUACGUCUCGGUUGCGCGGCAGUUUGGCGAAGACGUCUUCUUCGGGCACGUCCAGCAGCCGGAGCUGAUUGACCACCUGAGGAACCGGCACAUUUUCCGACUCCUGACCGGCGCCGAGCGCACUCCCGAGGUCGAGCGACGCGUGGCGUCGCCGCCUUUCAUCGUCGUGUUUUCCAAGAAUGCGCACGAGCCCGACGUGCACGUGUACGCAGGCAACCCGUCGGACGUCGCGUCGCUCACGCACUUUGCGAGUCGCUUCCGCUUCCCGCUCAUUUCGGUCUUCGACGCCGACCGGCUGCCGGCAAACUUCUUUUCCGACCCGCGCCCGAAGGCCGCUUACAUCAUCAACACGAAGAACGAUCCCGGCGCCAUCGGCGCCGUCGAGAGCGAGACGUCCCGAGAUCCGCUCGUCCUCGCAUUCAUCGACGCCGCGAAGCGCUACAGGCACGCGCUCCUGGCGACCGUCUGCGGCAACACGACGCCGUUCGAGAAGCACAUGCUCGAGUUGCUGGGCGUCGACGAAGAGUCGCUGCCAGCGGUGCGGAUCAUGUCUGUCAACCCCGACAGCGACGGCCGCCACCACCCUGCGCUCAAGUAUCGCCCCGAGGAGCCCGGCGCCAAGUCUUCAUCGUGGGGCGUGCGCCAGCCGCGCGUGGCGAUCCGCCACCUGACGCCCAAGAUCAUCGGAGAUUUCUUCGACGCGUUCGCGCGGAACGACGUGGAGCCCUACUUCCGGUCCGAGGCUGUCGCUGAAGACCUCGCGGAGCCGCGCGGUGCAGUGAAGACAGUCGUCGGCGCGACGUUCAAGCAGAUCGUGAUGGAGUCUGACGAGGACGUGUUCAUCGAGUUCUACGCGCCGUGGUGCGGCUACUGCCGCAAACUCGAGCCCGCCUACAAGGAACUCGCGGCGCGCCUACGCGACGUGACCGGCUUGACUGUCGCCAAGAUUGACGCGACGCGAAACGAAGUCCCCAGCAUCAAGGUGUCGGGGUACCCGACGCUCUUCCUUUUUCCGCGCGGAAAGAAGGACGACCCGCCCCAGAUCUACAGCGGAGACCGUACCGUCAAAGACAUGCUCGAGUGGCUGGAGGGGCGCGUCCAGCGAGCCAAAGUUGACGCCCGCCACCUCCUCUCCAUCGACCUCGCCUCCCGAGACGGCCGCGAACCCGUCGGCAGCGUGCUGGAGGAACUGUAG